AUGGCUGCAGACAAAGCUGUCAAAGUCCGCAAAACCUCCAUCUCCUCAUCCAACUCGUUCAUCCUGACCUGUCAACACUGGUUCAACGCCGCCCUCAAUCCUCCUACACCUCCGCCUCGACCACAGUCCAUCAUCAGUGAACAAUACACCUUUUCCAUCCAAGUUCCCUUCCCACCUCAAGACAACCAGUCGACCAGAUCGGCAGCAAUCGCAGAACCUGUCACUGGACCUCGCGCACGCACCCUCUCUUUGCCGGAAGAACACCUCGUCAACAGUCGUAGAGAGCUCUUCAACACCGACUAG